AUUUCUAACAAUAAUCUAGAUAAUGAAAAGAAUCCGAUUAUUUUUUAUUAUAUUUGUUUGGUAAUAAGAGCCAAUGAUCUGAAAUUGAUUUUAGUGUACGUUCCAGAUAGCCAGAGGCGAUAAAUAAUAAAAUAUAUAAUAUAAUAAUGGCUGAAUUUUUUCUGUUUUUUUUUUUUAUUUUAUUUUUUUAGGUGAUUUGAAAUUAUUCUUUUCAAUAGAUUUAUACUUUCGUUAAAUCCAACGUUUUACCUUAAGUUUGCCUACUUCUUUCUUUUUAUUACUUUACUAAAAGUUUCACCCAAAUUUCAUAGAUAGAAAUUUUUUUUUCGAAAAUAUAGAAUUUUUAAGUUUUUUGCCGUUCAAUUUGUUUGAAGCUCUUUACUGGACUUUGAUUUAUGCUUAUUUUUUCAUCUAAGGUUCAUGAAUAUACAUCACAUUAUUGCAAUUUAGAAGAAUGUCCAAUAAAAAAAUUGUUAAAACCUUGAAAAAGGGUAAAAAAUCAGGUUCUAUAAUUCCGAUUCCACAACCACCCCAAAAUUUCGUAGGUGCAACAAGCCUCCAAGAUUCAAAUGCACUGUUGGAAAAUCCGGCAGGUGUAUUAUCUGGCGUUGAACAAUCACAAGUAGUAACCAAAGUAUCUAAACAGUUGUUGGCACAGCUCCAAUCAGCAAAUUUGAUUGUACAAGCUGUCGAUGCCUCUACUUAUGAUGAUAUCGAUGAAACUCCAGAGGAACAGGUUGAAGAUGCUUCAACAGAUGCCAUAAAUCAUGAGGGUAGUUACCUAUUACCUACUGAGGACAGUAAUCAGCAAAUUUUAGAUUCAGAAAACCAAGGACAAAAUUUGUCCCAAGCUAAGGAACCGUCAAACAUGGAUUCCACUGCUGAUGGCGUCGAUCAAUCACCCGUAGUUGAAGAGUUGGAGAAUAACUUCGUUCUUCAACAUGGAGGGAUUUCUCUUCUAGCAAAUGAACUUUUAGAUUACGGACAUCCACAUUCAGAUCAAUGUUGUAGUGUUUGUAAAAUUACUUUGUCCUUGAUUUUACGUAUGGUCACGGAGAUUAAUGAACGAUUAAACAAUAUACCGCUCUUAUUAAAUAGUAAUCAACCACACAGUGUUCUACAAAACGACAACAAUCAUAUUUUACCGAAAUUCCCAAUUAAGAAGAGAAAACAGCUUGAAGAAUUCGAUAAACAACUAGAUGAAUCAGACGACGUGAAAAGUGCUUUUAGACAAGAAAUAAGCAAAAUAGGAGGUAAAAAUCCACAAAAAGGUACAAAAGUCAUCCUAGACCAUUUGUUGACUAAUAAGAUCGCGGCUAAAUCGUCGUGGACUGGUAUUCAUGGAGGAGUCAAGAUUAAAGAUACGGCUUUUGUAAAAAUUUUAACUGAUUUUUUGGUAUCAAAGUAUGGAUCUAGUCAUGCAGAAACUAAGGAUAAAGUGGAAGAUAGAAUUAAAGACUGGUUUCAGCGAGGUAGUGAUCGUUUGAAGGCGGAAGAAAAAAAAAAUCAAGCAUAAAUCGUAUGGUGAAUUUUUCACCGGAUAAAAAAUACUAACAAUAUAUUACUUAAGUAUGUAACUGAAGAUCGGAACGUUUUUCGCACAACGAAAAUGAAAAAAAUGUAUGUAAUUUAACUAUACCAGGAGUAGUUUCGAAGAUCAGGAGUGACCUACAAUUUUCAGCUGACGUCCUAACACUGAUUCGAAACAUUUUAGAAAUUCAGAUUCGGUAUAUUAUUUACUUUCCAUUUUGGCUUUAGUAUUUUUGUCCUGCGGAAAAUGUUUCGAUCUUUAAGUACAUACUUAAGUAACUACAAUAUAAUCUUGGUAUAUAAACAUUUAUAGCUAAGAAUUAUUUAAGUACAUUUGCUCUAAGAGUUAAAAAAAAUUAAACAUUGAUAAACUUCUAACAAUCAACAAUUACACUUGACUCGGGUCAAGUAGUAAGUUGAAACAGGAGAUUUAACAGUACUAUAAGUAUUAUCAUAAAUAUUGCAUUCAUUGCUUUAAUUAAAAGUUUUACGUGUUUUGAAAAAUGUGCCAAGUUUCCUUUUUGCUUUAAUAUUAAACAAUCUAACUGUGAUCUUAUGCUGUGCGAAAAUAAUACUAUCACAUAUCAUUAAUAUUAAAAUAAGUUAAAAAAAGCUAGACUGUUAUAUAUAUUACUUAAAAGAAAUAUAAAUAUUUAUAAUUUGUAGGUGAAGUCAUAGUUCUAAAUCAUAAAUAUAAGAUAUUUUUUUAAUUUAACAAGAAAAUAACUAUGGUACAAAAUUUUUAAUUACUACAAUUUACAAGAAAAAAUUUUAUUAACAUACUAGUAGGUAUAAAUAAGAGUUUCAAAAGUACUGUUACUAUUAUCUUAAAUAAGGUAAAAGACUCAAGUACCUGAUCACUCAUUUAUUUGUAUAUCUAUAUUUACUAAACUUUACUAAUUAUAGAUAUACAAGUACAUGGAAUGAUCGGGUACUAGGUCUUUUAUUUUCUUGCAUCAAUUACUUUGAUUAAAAGUAUUGCGUGUUUUA